GUCUCUGUCUUUGCCAUGGACGUCGUCUCCGGCCUCUGCUCCGCCUACCGGAUCAUCAACGGCGUCAGCAGCAGAAGCUUCGCCGUCUACCUCGUCGCGGCAUCGUCCCUCGCUGUCGCCGCCGCCGCCUUCUUCCUGCCCUCUUAUACAUCCGCCUUCUCACGCCGGAACAUCACCCUAUCCUCGCCCACCGUCCACGCCUGGCCUGAUCUGGAGGUGAGCUGGAGGAGCGCUUUGGCCACCGUCAUUGGCUUCCUGGGCUCCGCCUUCGGCACCGUCGGCGGCGUGGGCGGCGGCGGCAUCUUCGUCCCCAUGCUAAACCUCAUCGUCGGCUUCGACACCAAAUCUGCCGCCGCCCUCUCCAAAUGCAUGAUCAUGGGGGCGUCGGCCUCGUCGGUGUGGUAUAAUCUCCGGGUGGCGCACCCUUCCAAGGAAGUCCCCAUCAUCGACUACAACCUCGCCCUUUUGUUCCAGCCCAUGCUUAUGCUGGGCAUCACCAUCGGCGUCGACCUCAGCGUCAUCUUCCCCUACUGGCUCAUCACCGUGCUCAUCAUCAUCCUCUUCAUAGGCACUUCCUCAAGAUCAAUGUUCAGGGGCGUUCAGAUGUGGAAGCAGGAAACUCUCCUCAAGAUGGAGAUGGAGAAGCAAGUAGCGGCUCAGCAAUCGAAUCAAAAACAGGUGGAUGUUGACACCAAAUACGAGCCUCUCCUUCCUCAACCGGAGAAAACCACACUUGAGGUGUUGAUGUUCAACAUAAGGUGGAAGGGGAUCACUGUGUUGAUGCUGGUCUGGUUCACCUUUUUACUCCUCCAGAUUCUUAAGAGCAAGUCGGAAAGCUGCAGCCUUUUCCACUGGGUGGUAACCGUCGGCCAGUUUCCGGUGGCGCUGAUCGUGUUCGGGAAGAAGGCGGCAGAGUUGUGGAGGGAGAGUCGGUUGCGGCGGAUGCGAGGCAACUGGGAGUGCGUCUGCGAAGCCUCCAUCGAGUGGACGCCCGUGCAGUUGCUGUUCUGCGCAUUCUGCGGCCUCCUCGGCGGCACCGUCGGCGGUCUCCUGGGCUCCGGCGGCGGCUUCAUACUCGGCCCCCUCCUCCUCGAAAUCGGCGUCAUCCCUCAAGUUGCUAGCGCCACAGCAACAUUUGUGAUGAUGUUCUCGUCGUCUUUAUCAGUAUUGGAGUUCUACUUCCUCAAGAGAUUCCCCAUCCCUUACGCUCUCUACCUCAUUGCUGUGUCUGUGUUGGCCGGGUUCUGGGGCCAGUCCUUCGUCAGGAAGAUUGUAAAGAUCCUAAAAAGAGCAUCCAUAAUCGUCUUCAUUCUCUCUGCAGUCAUCUUCGCCAGUGCUCUAACCAUGGGAGUCGUUGGCACACAGAAGUCCAUUUCUAUGAUUAAACACCAUGAAUACAUGGGAUUCCUGAGCUUUUGUCAGAAAUAACUAGUUUUUUUUUUCUCAAGGUAAAGGAGUAAAUUGUCAGUAGAGACGCAGUCAGUGGUGGUUUAUACUUUAUACCUAGUUGAUCAGAUCAUGUCUUGUCUGUUUGAAUUUGUAGAUUUUAUUUUGAUUAGAAAUUCAUCAUUUCA